UACCAAGAUAUCAUUCAUCAACCACCACAUGAAUGAACUCUUCAACACUCACUCUCUUCUCUAUCAUUCACAUACUCACAUGUCAUCAUCACAUGAACCAAACCAUCAAAACAAACCUAUGACACAACACAGUUCUCUUCUUGUUCCACUACCCUUUCUCCCUGAAGAACUCAUUCUUGAAAUCCUCACAAAACUUCCAAUAAAAUCUCUUCUACGUUUCAAGUGUGUAUCCAAAUCAUGGUUACACUUAAUUUCCAAUCCUUACUUCAUAAAAAAACAACUUCACUUUUCAACACAAAACACUCACUUCACAACAAACCAUAGAAUCAUCCUCAGUGCAACAACAGCUGAAUUUCAUAUCAAAUCUUGUUCAAUAUCAUCUCUUUUCAAUAACCCAUCAACAAUUUCUGAAGAUAUUAACUACCCAGUUAAAAACAAGUUUAGACAUGAUGGUAUUGUUGGUUCUUGUAAUGGCUUCCUUUGUUUUGCUAUAAAAGGUGAUUGUGUUCUUCUUUGGAACCCUUCAAUUAAGGUUUCUAAAAAGUCACCACCUUUAGGAAAUAAUUGGAGACCAGGUUGUUUUACUUCUUUUGGUCUUGGUUAUGAUCAUAAGAAUGAUGAUUAUAAAGUUGUUGCUGUUUUUUGUGAUCCUAAUGAGUUUUUCAGUGAAUCUAAAGUUAAGAUUUUUAGUAUGAAUACUAAUACUUGGAGGAAGAUUCAUGAUUUUCCACAUGGUGUUUCACCUUAUCAAAAUUCAUCUGGGAAAUUUGUAAGUGGUACUCUUAAUUGGGCUUCUAAUUAUUCACUUGGGACUAGUUCUUUUUGGAUUAUUGUUUCUUUGGAUUUGGAGAAGGAAACUUAUAGAGAAGUGCUUCCACCUGAUUAUGAAAAGGAAGAGUGUUCAACUCCUAGUUUAGGUGUUUUAAAGGGUUGUCUUUGCAUGAAUUAUGAUUACAAAAAAAGUGAUUUUGUUGUUUGGUUGAUGAAGGAUUAUGGUGUAAGAGAAUCUUGGAUUAAGCUUAUGACAAUUCCUUAUUUGCCUAAUCCUGAAGAUUUUUCAUAUUCAGGGCCUUAUUGUAUUUCAGAGAAUGGUGAAGUGUUGUUGAUGUUUGAGUUUGAUUUGAUUCUGUAUGAUCCAAGAGAUAAUUCAUUUAGGUAUCCUAGGAUUGAAGGUGGGAAAGGUUGGUUUGAUGCAGAGGUUUAUGUUGAAAGUUUGGUUUCACCAAUGAAGGAUUGAGGUUCUGUUAUGCAAGUGAAGUGUGAGGAAGAAUAAAAUGAUGUGCGAAGUGUUUGAAAUUCUUCUGGUUUUUAAAUUUCUGUUCAUGUAUUAUGCUAUUAUUAGAUGUAUAAUAUGUAUGUGCAGAACUGAGAGGCAAAGCACAGUGUAUAUAGGUUUUGUUUGUUAGUAUUUGAUGAAGCUCAGUUAUGUGUUGUUGGGUUAUGUUAUGUGUUGUACACAUGGAUGUUAUAAGAUAAAACAUACAGUUUCAUAUA